ACUCCAACAAACCAUCCCACCCAAAUGUGUAUACAAGUUGAAAGGAAAGCGCCCCUUCCAUACCACCCCAGUUAUCCUCCCUCAUCCCUCCAACGCCCCCUAAACCACCCAACUCCCGAUUCUCCCUUUUCUUCCCUGCACCGAGAACAACAACAACAACAACAACAACAAUAA